AAAAUUCUUUACAAUUGCUACACCGGUGCAUAGUGAAAAAACAUCCUAACCAAAAACCCAAAUGAAGCUGGCCGGAAUCGGAUUUUGAUUUUGUUUUUAAAAGUGGGGCUUUGCAGUUUGCUUCGCACUCCGCCAUUUUUCAUGUGGCCGGAAAAUAGACAGACUUCCCUCCUUACUUCCCAGCAAAACCCUGAACCCUAUUCCUCCUCCUCUGAUCUCAUUUGAAAAUGUUCUCUCCCGGAACUCGGAAAUCUAACUUCACGGUUAGCAAGAGCAGCCGAGAAAGGCCAGUUGGCGACUCGCCGGUGACGCCUUUGGUCGAGAACCGGAGGUCGCGCUUCGGUAGCGAUAUUCCAAGUCGCCCCAACACAGGCACUCCUGCUCCAUGGACCUCUCGCCUGUCUGUUCUCGCCAAAAUUCCUCCUCCCAAGAAAAUUGAUAAGGAGAACGAGGCUGAUCCAGUAAAUCCUGUGUUCGUUGGAGAGUUUCCUCAACUAUUACGUGAUGAACAAGCUGCUGUACUUCAAAGUCGUGCUCCUGGUAUUGCAUCACUCUCUGGUGGAAUGGACAAGGAAACUAUGUUGGCUUGGAUUAUCUGUGGAAGCAAACUCUUUAUUUGGAGUUACUUAGCUUCAGCUGCCACUAGGAACUGUGUUGUCCUCAAACUUCCUUCUCCUUUUAGGGACAAUGAUGAUACUGAAAAGCAUUCUCACGGUUCUAAUAAUUGGUUAGUCAGUAUAGUAAAUUGGGAUAACAUACAAGAUACAAGAAAAGUUGUUCCACAGUGCAAUUCGGUUGGUGUUAUUGCAUGUCAUCAGAAAAGUCGAACUCUUGUAUAUUGGUCAGACAUUUUCUCUGAUGCUGCUGCGAUUAGACCAGUUAUCAGUUACGAUGAUCAUGAGGGGAUGGAAGUCACCUCUUCUCAUGUAGAUAGUAAAACCACACCUAGUAAAGGGCAAUCCAAUGGGCACAAGAGCAGUUCAACCGUAAACACCAUUAAUUCUAUGAUUUCUUCUGCUAUACUAGAGGACUAUCAACAUCACGCAUGUAUUUCCCUUGCUUGCAGUUCUAGUGGUGACCUCUGGCAAUAUCACUGUAGCUCCACUGGUGUCCAUCGCAAAAGGAUUUAUCAGAAUAUAUCUCAAGACGAUGAUGGUGGUCACUCUAUUGGAGGCCGAGGGUACCCAAGGUCAUUGGUUUGGCAUUUUCCGUCUCGUUCUGGUAAACCUAACACACGGUUUCUUUUAUUGACAGCCCGUGAAAUACAAUGCUUCUCAAUUGAACCUUCUCAUGAUUACAUGGUUUCAAAGAUCUGGUCUCAUGAAAUAAUUGGCACCGAUAGUGAUCUGGGAAUCCAGAAGGAUUUGGCUGGCCAGAAGCGAAUCUGGCCUCUUGAUUUGCAAGUUGACUAUGAUGGCAAGGUUAUUACUAUCCUAAUAGCAAUCUUUUGCAAAGACCGGAUUAACAGUUCAAGUUACACUGAGUAUUCGCUUCUAACAAUGCAAUACAAACCUGGGGUUGAUAUUUUCUCAGAAUGUGUUCAGCCAAGACAUGAAACUGUUUUGGAGAAACAAGCUCCCCCCCUAGUAAUAAUACCCAAAGCAAGAGUAGAAGAUGAAGAUUUUUUGUUUUCUAUGAGAUUGAAAGUUGGGGGGAAACCAGUCGGUUCAGUGGCUAUACUUUCGGGUGAUGGUACUGCAACAGUCACACAUUACUCAGGAAAUUCCACAAGGCUUUACCAAUUUGAUCUUCCAUAUGAUGCUGGAAAAGUGAUUGAUGCUUCAGUUUUCCCUUCUGAUGAUGACGGAGAAGGAGCAUGGGCUGUUCUCACUGAAAAAGUUGGAGUUUGGGCCAUUCCCGAGAGAGCUGUUAAACUUGGUGGAGUUGAGCCACCACAGAGAAGUUUGUCACGCAAAGGUAGUUCUAAUGAAAGGUCAUCCCUGGAAGAGAAAAGAAGCGCAUUCGUUGCUGGCAAUAUUUCUCCAAGAAGAGCUAGCUCUGAAGCAUGGGAUGAUGGAGAUAGACAAAGGUCUAGUUCAUCUGCAAUUGCACGACGAACUGUUCAAGAUGAAGAAUCGGAGGCUUUGCUAAAUCAGCUUUUUCAUAACUUUCUCUUAUCUGGCCAGGUUGAUGGAGUAUUUGAUAAGUUGAAACAUUCGGGUGCAUUUGAAAGGGAUGGGGAGGCAAAUGUAUUUGCAAGGACUAGUAAAUCAAUUGUAGAUACCCUGGCUAAACAUUGGACAACAACGCGGGGCGCUGAAAUUGUAUCUGUAUCCGUGGUGUCCACCCAGUUAAUUGAGAAGAAGCAGAAACAUCAGGAAUUCCUUCAGUUUCUUGCUUUAUCCAAGUGUCAUGAGGAAUUAUGUUAUAUACGGAGACACUCUUUGCAAAUUAUCAUGGAACAUGGGGAAAAGCUUGCUGCAAUGAUCCAACUGAGGGAGCUCCAAAGCAAAGUUGGUCAGAACCAUGGAACCGGGUUCGGCCCUCAUUUGCCUUCUGAAGUGAAAGUCUCUAGUGCUCUUUGGGAUCUUAUACAGUUAGUUGGUGAAAAAGCUCGUCGAAGAACUGUUCUUUUGAUGGAUAGAGAUAAUGCUGAAGUAUUUUACAGUAAAGUGUCAGAUCUCGAAGAACUAUUUCAUUGCCUUGAGAGACUGUUAGACUGUAUUGUUCGGGAGGAGAUGCCAUUUCCUGUUCAGAUUCAAAGAGCUUGUGAAAUUUCUAAUGCAUGUGUGAUCUUAUUUCGCACUGCCAUGAAUUACAGAAACGAACAACACCUAUGGUAUCCUUCACCUGAGGGCUUACUGCCAUGGAAUUCUCAAGAAAAAGUUCGUAAUGGGCUUUGGAGGAUUGCAUCUUUCUUGCUCCAACUGUCUAAGCAAAAAUACCCAGUUGACAAUGCUAUAAAAUUGAACUAUUAUUCACACCUCGAAGAACUCUCUGAUGUAUUACUGGAGGCAUAUUCUGGUGCUAUCACAGCAAGGAUUGAAUGUGGAGGACAUAAAGGUUUAAUGGAUGAGUAUUCAAGCAGGAAAUAUGCACUCCUGGACAGCCUUUAUCAGCAAGUGAAGGAUUUUGUUGAAGUGAACAACCAGGAUAUAAAAGAGGGCUUUACACAGGAACAAGAAGAAAUGUUUAGAAAGCUUUCAUCAGGCUUGUUCUCCAUUGCUAAAAGACACGAAGGUUAUCAAACUCUAUGGAACAUUUGCACUGAUCUCAAUGAUUUUAACCUUCUUAGGACUCUUAUGCACGAGAGCAUGGGACCUACAGGGGGGUUUAGUUAUUUUGUCUUCCAACAGCUGUAUGAUAACAAGCAGUUUUCUAAGCUUAUGAGACUUGGGGAGGAGUUCCAGGAAGAGCUAGCAAUUUUUCUAAAGCAGCACCAGGAUCUUCUUUGGCUUCACGAAGUGUUUCUUCAUCAGUUUUCCUCUGCUACAGAAACCCUACAUGUCUUGGCUCUUUCCCAAGAUGACAGUUCAACUUCAGAUAUGGAGACCUCUUAUGCCACAAAUAAGAUGACCUCCUUGUCAGAUAGAAAGCGUUUUCUGAAUCUCUCUAAGAUAGCAGCCAUGGCAGGAAAGUGUGCAAAUUUUGAGGCAAAGUUGAAGAGAAUUGACGCUGAUUUACAAAUUCUAAACUUACAGGAAGAAAUCUUGAAACUGCUUCCAGACAAUGAAGGGCUAGAUAUCGAGUCACAUCAGCUUCUUCCUCCAAGGGAUCUAAUAGAACUAUGCCUCAAGAGUCAGACCAGAGAGCUCUCCUUGAGAGCUUUUGACGUUUUUGCAUGGACAAGCUUCUCCUUUCUCAAAUCCAACACUAGCCUGUUGGAAGAGUGCUGGAGAAACGCUACUAAUCAGGACGAUUGGGAAAAGCUAUACCAAACAUCUGAAGCAGAGGGUUGGGGUGAUGAGGAGAGUCUAUCCAUUCUCCAAGACACAGUCCUUUUCCAGGCUUCCAGUAGGUGUUAUGGGCCCCAUGCAAAGACCUAUGAGGGCGGUUUCAACGAAGUGCUGCCACUGAGGCAAGAGGAAAGCUCUGUGAUUUCUUCGUCCUCUGUGGAGUCGAUAGUGAUGCAGCACAACGAUUUCCCAGAUGCGGGCAGGUUGAUGCUGACUGCAGUCAUGCUGGGAAGUGUUGUUGAUGUUGAUAAAGUGACGGUGGACCCUUCCUCCCCAAUGGAGUGAUGAGCAUACACACCUUGUUUGUUCUUUUUCAUAGUUUUGUAGAUGACUAUUUGUGUUGAUAAAAUAUUCAUAUGUUGAGAGCAGAAUUGGGAGGAAGGGUGACAUUACUGGUUUAAUUCGAUCUUAUUCUAUCUGUGAAUCUGUGAUGGGCACUCGGGCUGUCGGGCGCUUGGAACUCCUUGAAGUAAUGAAUGCAGAGUUAAAGUGGGGCAACUUUUUUCCUUAUCAUUUAUAAACCGCUCAAUCUCG